GAAGGUCUUCUACUACUUAACUUAUCCUUGCUAUUGGGUUGUUUACAUUGAUUUGAUUAUUACUCUAGUGUGGGAAAAUCAACAGUAGUACUAGCUGUACAAUAUAUAUAGUUAGUAGUAGUUUCUAUAUUUUAAAUCUUCCAUUAUUCAUAGUUUCUUUGAAACUGACACAAACUAUGCGAAGAAGAAGAAGGAACAACCUCACGCACUUGGACCAAUGCUUCUCAAAUUUCAUAAACCCUUUCAUUCUUCAUCAAUCUCAAUUAUCCCCUAAUAAUAAUAAUUCCCCGCCAUCAUCCAUCGUCCAUCACGAUCGCCAGAUCAAUCACAACCGUCCAUCAUCAUCAACCUCAAUCAUCAAGAACUUCAACACUAUCUACGACAAUAACACCACCGAACCCGAACCCGAACCUGAACCCGAACCUGCAGACUUCGCCACCGCAUUUGCCUCCCAACGCUUCUUCUUCUCCUCCCCCGGUCGAUCCAACUCCAUCGUCGAAUCCACCCCGUCCUCUUCCUCCUCUUCAUCACUAACUUCGUCGUUAACCACCACUGCGCCGGCGGAAGCUUCCUCGGCUUCGGCCGGCGACGAAAGUAAGGCGGUGUUGUUUGAGGGGAGCGUGGCGGUGCCGACGUACUCGCCAGAUCCUUACUUGGACUUCCGGCAAUCGAUGGAGGAGAUGGUGGAGGCUCGACCGGAGCUCAUGGCGGACGUGAAGUCCAACUGGCACGUGCUGCAAGAGCUUCUGAUGUGCUACCUUGCUCUGAACCCGAAGAGCACGCACAAAUUCAUUCUCGGUGCCUUCGCUGAUCUUCUCGUUACACGCAUGGCGUUUUCUGACGGUGGCGGUGGCGGUGGCGAAGAAUAAGUUGUGUGGGUACGUAACGUAAUUACUCUAUAUUGCAUAUGUAAGUUGAGAAGGUAACACGUGGGUGACAGAUAAUCAUUGUCUCAUUAAUUAAUGCACUCCCUUCACCAAUCACCAUUCACCAUUUUAUUAUUAUUAUUAUUAUUCAAUUGUGAGUAUGUACCGCCAAGUGACGUCUUUUCUUUUUUAUUAUAUAUAUCUCUUCAUUUUGUGGGUGGAUGAGUAGAACUGCGAUGUGAAGCCUGAACCCAAUUUUAGUUGCGUUGUUGGUCCCCGUAGCCAUGCAUUUCUUGUCUUCUACUACUCCCUUAUCCCUCCAUCUCCACUUCAUUUAUAAUUCUUGUUUUAUUUCACAAUUUGGAAAUUCAACAAGGCCUACCUUCAUCAUCAAUCACAUGCAUUAACACUAAAUCUUGUAAGGAGAAACUAUAUAUUACUGCUAGCUCCCCUUUUAAACGUCAUAUAAAUUACACUAUCCAUCUCUAUUGUUACAAGUAUUUGGUAACGUAACUCUUCAAUCAUGCGUACUCACUUGUUAUUUCUCACCAAU